AUGGCCUCCAACGGCCGCCAGCCGGAGCCUGAGAAGAAGGAGGAGGGGGCGGCCGCCUCCACCGUCGCCGGGCCCGGCUGCGACGAUCCGGAGGACCCCCGGUUCCAGUGCUGCGUCUGCCUGGAUAUUCUCUACAAACCGGUUGUCAUCGCAUGUGGACACAUGUCAUGUUUCUGGUGUGUCCACAAAUCUAUGCAUAUCGUACGUGAAUCCCAUUGUGCUGUGUGUCGGCAACCCUAUAAACAUUUCCCGAGUAUCUGUCAGCUCUUGCAUCACUUGCUACUAAAGCUUGAACCUGCGGAUUACAAAAGACGAGAAAAAGAAGUACUAGAGGAAGAGAAGCGUAUAGAAACAUACUCUCCCCAAAUCAUCGAGUUUUUAUACUCCAAGAACAAUGAACAUGGAAAAGAUGGGGAGAACCAACUUCAAGAUAGUAAAAUGAGACCUCCACAAGAAGCUUCGUCUAAUGACAACAUUGUGGAUGAGCAUUCAAAGAAAAUUAAGCUUGAGGAUGUUUUAUGCCCUCUCUGUAAGGAGAUGCUGUAUCAACCUGCUGUUCUUAAUUGUGGCCAUGUGUAUUGUGUAUCAUGUUUGUCGUCAUUGAAUGAGGAAGCACUCAAAUGCCAAGUAUGUGGAAGUCUUCACCCAGGAGAUUUUCCUAAUGUUUGCUUGGACCUUGAACAUUUCCUGGAAGAAUAUUUUCCAGCAGAAUAUGAAUCUAGAGGGGAGAAAGUUCAGUUUAAGAAGGAUCGGUGCAAUCGUGAAGGAUCAUCUUCAGGUACUUCAUGCACAAAAGGAAGCAGCUGGGCACACUAUGAUGAUGACCUGUCAAAUGUUCACAUUGGAGUUGGGUGUGACUCAUGUGGGGUGUAUCCAAUACGUGGUAAGAGGUACAAGUGCCAGGAUUGCACUGAGUUAAUUGGCUUCGAACUUUGUGAAGCAUGCUACAACUCCAGUUCAAAACUCCUGGGACGCUUUAAUCAGCAGCAUACCCCUGACCACAGAAUGGAGGCUGAUGAUACAGCACUGUUGCACAGGCUCUUGAGAAUCCAUGGGAUACCCGAGGAAGGUCCGGAAGAGUUUGUAAUAGAAGAAGCGGUUGUUGAUCCUGGUGUGAUGGUUCUAGUCGUUGAUAAUCAAGACGUAGAGGACAACGGUGAGGGUCUAGGAGAAGAGCCAGUCAUAUAA